AAUCCAAUUCCCCCAUCCCAAUUUCUCCGAUUCCGAUUCUCUUUCUCCGGUCAUCUAAUCCAAUCUCGGAAUCUCCUCCUAUACUCCAUUGAUUCUCUCCUCUAGUUUCGUUUCAUGGCUUCUUUGAUAUCAUCCGAUCCCGAUACGUCGCCGGAAUUGAACAGGAAGAAGCGGAAGAGGUCGACGGUGGAAACAAACUCUUCGAUGGAGAAACAUAGAAGUAAGCGGUGGAGAACCGAUAAGGAGCAGCAGAUCUACUCCUUGAAACUGUUCGAUGCUCUCCGUGGAUCUCGGAGGAGCGGGAGAGAAGUCCGGGUAACGGCGGACAGAGUACUCGCUGUUUCGGCGCGCGGUGCGACGCGGUGGAGCAGAGCGAUACUGACGAGUCAACUCGGUGGUGGUGCGAGCCUGAGGAACCACAAAAAAGCAAAGGUGGUCACUGGAAAUGGAAAGCUGAAGAAGCAGCCGGCGGCGAUUAAAAAAGAGAAUAGGAGAUUACCGGCGGUUGUGAGGAGGGUGAAGGUUCUUGGCGGGUUGGUUCCCGGAUGUCGGAAACUGUCUCUUCCAAAUCUUCUUGAAGAAGCUACAGAUUACAUAGCGGCGUUAGAGAUGCAGGUCCGAGCUAUGACUGCACUCACCCAGAUCAUCGGCGGUGGAGGCGCUGCGCCUCCGCCGGCUGAUCACCAGCUUGGCUCUUCGUAAAAAUCGUGAAAAGGUGUUAUUAUUAUUUUUUAAUUAUUUUUAUUACUUUCUUUUUAAAACUUUGUUUUUUAGUGAGAAGAUUUUAAAAUUUUAUGUAUUUUAUCGUGUACAUGGCUUUUCCCAUCUUCCACUUGCUCUUCUUGUUAAUUAUUAUUUUUAUUUUCAUUAAAUUGCUAUUUUGGUU